AGGUCCCCAGCCCGGCCCUGCCCGGCAAGCGAGUGCGCGCCAGUCGCGAAGUCCGCUCUCUAGCCCAGCCGCCAUGGCAGUUCCCGCGGCCAGCUCCGACGCCGGCUAUAUCCGCACCGUCUUGGGCCAGCAGAUCCUGGACGAGCUGGACAGUUCCACCCUCGCCUUGCCGUCGAUGCUAUCGGACGGGCGAGCCGAAGCGCAGAAGUCGCUCCGCAUCCAGCGGCAAGUCCAGCAGACCUUGGCCCGGAAGAGCCGGGGCUCCCUGGUCAACGGAGGUUUGCAUCGGGCUAGCAGUGUUCCAGAGUAUGUAUAUAAAUUAGAUGCAGUUGAAACAGACUUUGCUUCAAGACCAUCUUUUGCAAAUCCGUAUUAUCAGUCUUAUCAGAUAAGUUCCCAAAGUAGUUAUGAAAAUGGCUGGGGUCCUCGCAGCCUUCCUUAUAACUCAUACAGGACAAUGGAAGAGAAGUUCCACAGACAGCCCUUGAAGAGAUUGGAGGUUUCUCCUGAGAGCAGUCCUGACAGGCCAGUUUUCCUCCACAACGACUUCCGCUACAAUAAGGGUUUAACAAUUCGACAGAGCGAGAGGAAGAGAUCCAGCGCCUUGCCCCCAAGAUAUGCUCGUUCUGAAAUCCUUGGCUACAGAAGCCAUGGUGCUUCAAGCAGAGCAUUCAGGCAGUCCUACACUGGGCAGGCUAAUGAGACGGUGGUGGACAGUGUUCCUAACAGUCCAAGACUCCCACUCUAUCAGCGCGUGGGGAAUAGCCGGAGUAUGAGCAAUCUUCUGGAGAAGGAGAAUUACCCGAGUUCUGGAGCUGCAGCGGGACAAGUCAAAGCUAUUCUGCAUUCCCAAACUGGAGCCCAGCACAGGCAGUCUGUACAAUCCAGCUGGCAUCAGAGCACCUUCAGGUCCCAGAGCACGAGGGAAGCUUCCUUACCUACUUCACUUACCAGUGCUACUGCCGAGGCAGGUGGGAAGACAACGGUAAUGACAGCGGGUAUGGCCGCUGCUGGAAUGAACGGCAUCCAUGAGCAAGAAAGGAUGGCUGCCAGAAGAUCUCAAAUAGGGAAUUCAGAAGGAGAGAUGACCCUGGAGCGGGCAGUAAACAUACUGCAAACUGAAAAUGCUUUGUCCCCUCGAGUUCUUGCAGCAGUUGUUUUUAUACAGCAUGAGAGCUUUCAGAGAACAGAAGCCAGAAGGAAAGUGUAUAUCCUAGAUGGUAUUCCCAGACUAUUAGAGCUUCUGAAUGUGCAGAAUGAGGAAGUGCAGAGGGCAGCAUGCGGGGCUUUAAGGAACCUGGUAUAUGAAGACAAUGACAAUAAAUUGGAAGUGUCUGAGCAGAAAGGCAUUUCAACCCUGUUGAGAUUGCUGCGACAAACUAGAGAUGUUGAGACUAAAAAGCAAAUUACAGGAUUGUUGUGGAAUCUCUCCUCCAACGACCAGCUGAAAAAUGUAUUGAUCCGGGAAGCCCUGCAGCCAUUGACAGAAAUUGUCCUCAUUCCUUACACGGGAUGGCCAGAUAGAGAUUAUCCAAAAUCAAGCAUCAUCCCUGACCCUGAUAUCUUCUACAAUGCUACAGGAUGCCUAAGAAACAUGAGUUCUGCUGGCCCUGAAGGGAGAAAGAAAAUGAGGGAAUGUGAUGGAUUGAUUGAAUCACUGGUAUAUUAUAUACAAGGAACUACUGCAGAUCGAAAACCAGAUGAUAAGGCUACAGAGAAUUGUGUGUGUAUUCUUCAUAAUCUUUCUUACCAGUUAGAGUCUGAGCUCCCUAGUAAUUAUACUGAGAAACUCUAUGUGCCAAAAAGAGGUGAUCCAUCUAAGAACAACAGCAUUGGAUGUUUUGGAACAAGGAGCAGGAAAGCAAAGCAGAAGCAACAAGAUCUGCCUCUGCCAGAGGAAAAGAGUAGCCCCAGAGGCAUUGAAACCCUCUGGCAUUCUACACUGAUAAGGAUAUAUCUGUCCUUAAUAGCAAAAAGCACUAGAAACUUCACUCAAGAAGCAUCUCUGGGAGCUCUGCAGAACCUCACUGCUGGCACUGGACCAAUGCCAUUUGGGGUGGCUGACAUCAUUAUCAAGAAGGCCAAUGGCCUCCCAAAUAUUCGAAACAUGCUACAUGUGAGCAACUUAAACGUUAGGAAAACAGCUGUCUCCUUAGUCAGGAACUUGUCUCGUGACACCUUGCUGCAAAAUGAAAUAGCCAGAGAAAUAUUGCCGGAUUUGAUUGCCAUACUUCCAGAUUAUGCCCCAACAUCCGAUGUAGCCAAUGAGACCACUGCUUCUGCUUGCUAUGCUUUGUACAACCUGACUCAAAACAAUUCCCAGAAUGCUCGGCUUCUCUUGAAUCAUGAUGGCGUUUCAAAGGUUAUGAAUAUCAGCACAAGUGACAGCAAAAGUGGUAGAGCUGCCUCAAUCCUCUUAUAUUCCUUGUGGUCUCAUGCCGAUCUCCACAGUGCUUACAAAAAGGCUAAUUAUAAGAAAACGGAUUUCAUCAACAAUCGAACAUUAAAAGCCUAUAAUUCACUGAAAGACUGAAAAGCUGGACAGGUCUUAAAGACCUGUAUGGAAAAGCAGGACAGACAUGUCCUCCUCAUUCAGUCAGUACCAAGAACUGUGUUGCAUCUCCCAUGGAAGAGUGUUUUAUAUUUACAAUGAGUGUCCAGAAUAAAGUGGUGAUCCCCAUAUUAUCUGCCAUUAUACCCCUGCUUAUUGUUCCUCUUAAAAUCAAGACUCAUCUGUAAACCUAAUGAAAUCCAAGCUGCAACCUAGUAAAUAAUUUUAGUAUCAAACCUGAUACUGAUAGCCACUGCACGCAUUGUGCUAGGUCAGUUUGGGGGCAAUCGUCCACAUCAGUGUCUUGUUUUUAUAUUAUGGAAAAUUAAUAACCAAAGAAGAUGGGAUUCGGGAAUUCUUGCUGAAACCUUGUGUUCGUUUUCUUUUUGCUAAACUUAGUAUAGUGAGUGCUUCAUACAAAACUGCCUCUGAUCUGCAGACAUUUAUGCAGAUUUUCUGAAUAUGCAGAUUCUGUAUAAACUGCUCUUGAAUAAUAUUUUGCUAGGUUGUAAUUUUUCAGUAUAAUCCUCUUCAUGCAUGUAUGGUUACUGUUUUUUUUUUAACUGAAAUAUUGUAUUGUUGGAGAUACUUUUAAAAUUCCUUAUCUCCGCAUCCUGAAUUUACCAGUGCAGGAGACUUUUCAAAUUUUGUUGUAUAAAAUUUGUUGAAACAA